ACGGGAUUGGCCAUGGCCCUGCCUGUCUACUGUGACGCCAGUUCUGGCUGGGCAGCACCACAGAGCUGCUAGUAUUUACAACAGGGGCGGGGCUAGAUGUGACAUUCACAUAAUGGUUGCUCAAAUCAAAUGAGAAGUUUCAAUUUGAGAAGGAGUCACAGGUACACAGGUGCCAUUGCAACAAUGUAUAAACUUAAGAGCUUGGCGAUAUCUACAAUUGACAGACUUUCGCUAUAUUGCUAUUGUGGAUGACGAUGCUAUUCCGAGCAAUAAAUAAAACACUAUUCGAUAGGAUGGUACCCUAAAAUGUUACGAAGUGAAGAACUGAAGUUUGUAGCUGAAUGCUGCAUGGAUGGCGUCUGCUUCUAGUAGUCACAAAUAAAAGGAAGCAGAUGACAACUGAAGACAAACAUUGGAGAAAGAGGAUAGAUUAUUGGUAAGUAGCCUCUAUUAAAAAUAUCUUAACAUGAGCAUAUCAUUAGCCAGAUCUUAGAAAUGUAAUUUAUUAUAUUCAUGAAUGAAGUUAUCAUGUAUAAAGUACUUUAUAUUCAUAAAAGAUCAUAAUGUGUGAUGUCCAUUAUGAUCUUGUUUCUAAAGCAGUUAUUCAUCCGUUGUCACGUAGGCCUACAUUAAACUGCUCAAAUAUUUCCGUGACAAAGUGUCUGGUCGGCAUGGUUGUUGACAUGUAGCAGUCGCCAGAGCCCGCAGGUCAUUACAUAACAGGGCUGAGUCCAUAAGGAAUGGUACUUUGAAUAAUUUGUAUAUUUCAAAUCCCCCAAAAUAUAAGGCAAUUGUGCUCAAAUGUGCCACUUACAACAGGCAAAUCUAUUCAUUACAUUUCAGGAUGCUGACAUGUAGGCUGUAUCUUUGAUGGCCAUUAGCCAAUACAUUGACAUUCAUUAAAAUAUGCUUUAACUCGUUUGUUCUAAAGUUAUGGUUUUUAUAUGAAUUUUUUCAUGUUGUGUGAGAUGAGUGUUUGAAGCCAGAGAACAUUUGUAGUGCUUAAAUAAUGUAAUUUAACUACAUAAUAAAGAUUUUAAAGCUGACUUGUUUUGGUACGUUUGAAGAUGCACUGUGUAUUAGAAGAAUGGGCGAGUGUUCUUCCCCCUUCCUCUCCCUCCAUCUCUCUCGUCCACUAGAAUCUGGUUCCCUUCAGAGGGACCUCCAUGCCCAGAGCAGCACAAUGGCACAGUCACCCAGGAGGAACAGCAGUGGUGCUCCAGGCCUCGACCGGGCAGUGUACCAGGAUGUCGCCCACUGCUAUGUCAUCAAGAACCUGGUGGUCAAACCGUCCGGCCCCCUGCUGUGUGGCGUCGGAUGGAACAGUCUGUCUGCUGCCGAGGAAACACCCACCCAGCUCCUGGUGGUCCAGCCUGGAGGACCUGCCUCAAGCCCGUCUUCAAGUCUGCCCCAGAGUCAGCACAGGACAGGGGGAGAGGCAAGCAAGAACUCCUACCUGCCAAUCCUCAACUCUUACCUACGCAUUGCCCCCCACCCCAGGCAAGAGAGCUCAGAGCAGGAGAGAGGGGGUGAUGGGGCAGGGGGGGUGAAGCAGAGCGGUGGCGAGGGCCAGAGACAGACCAAGAGGGUGUGCACAGAGGAGAGGAGAGAGACCGUGUCCACCAGCCAGCAGAGGGAGGGGAGGCCUCAACAUCAGGCCAGCAGCAGCUCCAUCCUUCGCCUGCCCCACCACUCCCUGGGUGGGCCCUCCUUGUCCACCCAGCGCAGGCCACAUCACCACCGUCCCCACAGUCCCUCCACCUUGCGCUCCAGCAGUGUGGGCUCCUCCUCCACCGACAGCCCGCCUCACCCGGCUUCUGAAGCUCAGGCUGGGGACAUUCUUUCAGACAGCCAAUCAGACUGCUCCUCUGUCCACCAGCGCCGCUUUCUCAACACGGCUGAAAUCCUGAGCCAAUCGGGACUCCUGGCCAUCACGCUGCGCACCAAGGACCUGCAGCGUCAGAGCGCUGCCACAGAGAGAGACAUCGCCCAGCUGCGGCAGCACGCCCACCUGCUCUGCCUGGCCGUCCAGGCCCUGGGGCCCGGCCCGGGCCCCUCCCCCAUGGACACACUGCUCCAGGCCAUGGACCAGUCAGGCUGCUACAGCAGCAUGGACUGGGGGCAGAUCAACACCCGCCAACCCCCCAACAGAGCCAAGAGGGGAAACGAGACGGAGAGAGAGAAAGGUGGCGACAGAAAAGACGACAGCCAGGCCCCGAACUUUGUGUCUGUGGGUUACCAUGACGACAGAACCUCGCCGCCCUCGCCUCUGUUUGCACCAUCACCUGCUCCACCUGUCCUUUCCUCCUGCACUACUAGAGCACUGGCUAGCCCCACCAUGCAGCCCUCCCAAUGCCCUGGCUAGCCCCACCAUGCAGCCCUCCCAAUGCCCUGGCUAGCCCCACCAUGCAGCCCUCCCAAUGCCCUGGCUAGCCCCACCAUGCAGCCCUCCCAAUGCCCUGGCUAGCCCCACCAUGCAGCCCUCCCAAUGCCCUGGCUAGCCCCACCAUGCAGCCCUCCCAAUGCCCUGGCUAGCCCCACCAUGCAGCCCUCCCAAUGCCCUGGCUAGCCCCACCAUGCAGCCCUCCCAAUGCCCUGGCUAGCCCCACCAUGCAGCCCUCCCAAUGCCCUGGCUAGCCCCACCAUGCAGCCCUCCCAAUGCCCUGGCUAGCCCCACCAUGCAGCCCUCCCAAUGCCCUGGCUAGCCCCACCAUGCAGCCCUCCCAAUGCCCUGGCUAGCCCCACCAUGCAGCCCUCCAAAGCUUUAAGGCAAAUUGGUCCAAACAGUACCGGUCCUAGCACAUUUGGCGCCCUAGGCAAGAUUUAUCACGGGACCCCCCCCCCCCCCCCCCGGAGCGCAAAUCGGGGUGCCCCCCCCCCAACCAAAACACAGACAUAUGACGUGGCGCGGUUGGCGCCCUCUGCUGGUAGUGCGGGAGGGUUAGGUAAUGGAUGCACUUGGGAAUAAAAUGCCACCCCCCUCUUCAUGCCGCCCUAGGCAGCUGCCUAUGUCGCCUGUAGGAAGGACCGGCCCUGGGUCCAACUGUAGUUACUGUUGUUUUUGGGACAAUUAAUACUUUCUUUGACAUGGCUUAACCUUAUUUCUCAGUUAUGCUUUGGAGAAAACUGGGGGUCUGAUCAGCCAUUUUGCUUGGGCGCUGCUUAACAAUCCAGUGUAACAAUGUGAAUGUCCUUUUACUUGUUAUACCUGACAGUGUUAGUGUGUGGUAGUGGAGUAAAAGCCAUAAUUACAGCUUCUUAUUUUGUACUAGCAUGCUGGCGUGGGACAUUAAGUCCGCUGAAGUUAUAGACCAUCCAUCCAUCCAUCCAGCACAAUCUCUGACUGCUAAAACGUAUACAUUUGUUUUAAUUGUUCAGUCUCAAUAAGAAUCAAGGAAAUAAUCCUAAAAGUGUUGUCAUCACUGUUUAAAAAAUAUAUCCUAUGCAUAGGAUAUAUACUGGAAGACAGUACAUAUUCAACAGUACAGGAAUGGAAACGUUAUAAUAAUGAAUACAACCAAUCAACGCGGCUAGAUGCUGAGUUGAGGUAACAGAAACAGACACUGUUCCCCUCUCAAUGUGGUCAUCUGCAUGUAGAUGAAAUCUUUUUCUACCAAGGCUGUUAGUCAGACACAAUGAGAAUAUGUAUGAUCAUGCUGCACAUUGUUUACAACUGAUUAAUUGACUUUAAAAUAAAGCAUCAUACAACUAACAGGGACACAGAAAUUGUGGGCUU